UCGAGCCCGCUGUCAGUUUGUCAGUGCCCGCCGUCUUCAUGUGCCGUGUGCGUGUUUUUCAAGCAGAGCGCGCUCGAAGCGUUGUUGAACCGGGUUUUUAACCUGCCAGCCUGCCGAUAGUUUGAGAAAGGUGUUUCUCGUUGUUACAGACAGAAGACCAAGCAUUACCUACCAGAUCGGCACUAGCGAGUAGUGAGUGCGCGGGUGAAGAGACGGCUGACUUGCCAUUAGCGGCUUGAUUGAUUGAUUGAUUUGAGCAUACAGACCGCCGCCACUGCCGCCGUCAAAUGCUUUGUUUGUUACGGAGUGGUGCAGUAAAGAGUGAAGUCGAUCGACCCCGUCAGUUUCUGAAUUUGCGUUUGUCGGUGCGUUUCGCGAUUGCGUUUUGAUAGCUGUUGCGUUUAUUGUUCGCUGUUGUUUGCGGCUCGACAAGUGCUCAGAUACUCAGUUAUUUCGUUUGAAAAUGAUGGAACAAACUCGGCUACGACGAAGGAUUAUUAGCAGUGUUUCGGUGUGUUAAUGACACGUGAAGAAAACGGUUGAAAAGUUUGUUUCCACUUUGACAAGCAAGAAUUGUGGAACCGGUGCGUACUUAACGAUACAGUGAAAAACAACAAAGCGUGUACCUACGCGCAAAAUCUGUGAUUUAGUAGCAAGCAUAAAGUGUAGUGAUAAGAUGUUGUGUAGAAGUCCCCCUCCAGCGAGUCCGGCCGGAUCAGAAAUCUCCGUCGGAUCACCCAGCCCACCUCCAGUAGACCACCAUCAUCACCACCACCUGCAAAAUCAUCACAACCGAAGUGAUGAUUAUUUCAGUCCACUGAAACGGUUAAGGAUGGUUGAGCAUCAUAGUACGAGUCCGAAGGAGCCUAGUCCAAAACCAGAACCUCCAAGCCCCCCACCAACUGCCGCUUCAUCCGCGUCGAGCGUGAAAUCGUUCUCGAUAGCGGAUAUUCUUGGCCGGGACACAGAAUCAAGCAAUCGUGAUAGUGCACUAGCCCUACAUCACCACCACAGUACGCUGCAAGCAGCAGCAACGAAAAUCGUGCGACCAUGGGAUCACCUCCGAGGUCCAAUCCCUGUACGGCCGUUUCUGCCACCUGCACUGCUACACUACGAGCACCGGUUGGCGCUAGAUUAUCACCAGCAGUUGCAGGAACAUUUUCGAGCACAAGCUCAACUUCUGCGACACAUGAGCAUGGACAUAAUUCCCUCGGAAAGUGGCUCGGAGCGGUCGAGUUCGGCGGCAAGUGGUGAUUGCUGUUCGCCGGAGAUCGGUCGAAGUUCCGAGCACCAAUCGUCUCAAUCGUCCUCCUCGGGCUCGAACAAUAACAACGGUGGGGCCAAUGGCAGUGGGAAGGUCGCCGGACAGAAAACUACCCCUAAUGGAACCCCAUUGGAUGCGCUGUUCCAGAUGACGAACAAGAACUUUGACGAGGGCAAUGAAGAUGGAGAGCAAUCGCAUUUGAACCUAUUUGCCAACCGGCCUCAACCAAAGAAAAAAAGGAAAUCGCGGACGGCCUUCACCAAUCAUCAGAUCUUCGAACUGGAGAAGCGAUUCCUCUACCAAAAAUACCUGUCGCCAUCGGAUCGGGACGAAAUCGCGGCAGCCCUCGGCUUAUCCAACGCUCAGGUGAUAACCUGGUUCCAGAAUCGACGUGCCAAACAGAAGCGCGAUCUGGAAGAACUGAAGAAGGAUGUUAACGCAGUCGAGGUGCUCUCGGCCCACAAAACCUUUCUCGAGAACAUAGGCUUCCGGGAGGCGGGUUCGCCGUGAAAGUUGACGGAAACGUUAUAACCUGGUUCCAGAACCGCCGGGCCAAGCUCAAGCGGGACAUGGAAGAACUGAAAAAGGACGUCGAAACGGUUAAGGUGCUGUCCGCGCACAAAUCGUUCCUCGAGAACGUAAACGACAUGAACAUCCUGAAGAAGAAGAUAAUGCACGACGACGGCGGAAGUCCGCACAAAUAAUAUCCGGGGCCACCGUUUUUCGGUGGCGGUUGUGGUGGCAUUAGCAGUGGUGUUGGUCCACCACCGCCGGCUUCCAUCAGUGCCGUCAUUGGAUCGUGCCCUGUUACGCCGGCCGAGCAGCAAGCCGCCACCAAAACCCUAAUCAAUCUCACCACCUAUGGCAGACUGCUGCAAUCGAUUGCCUCCGAUAAGACUUGAAACCCCUCCCAGUGAAGUAUGAGUGUAAUCAGCAUGGGAUGCAUACUGCUGGUAGUUUCACUACUACUUACGUGUAAAGUUAACUAGAACUGUUGUAAUUCCUAGUACUGUGAAUGGCAAAUGAAUGUAGUCGAGACAAAUCGUGUGAGUGAUGAAAAGAACGAGUCCAGUGUUAAUAGUUUUAUUCUAUUGUUUAAAUGUUAUUUUCAAGAAAGAGAAUUUUGCCUUUUUAUGUUUACCGACUAGAUAAUUUAUUCGAUUCGAGGAUGUUCCUCUGGUCUCAGUAUCCUGUGUAAUUUAGUAGUUUAAGUCGCUUGAUCCAGGUCGAAUCGUGUAGAUGUGUUUGUUUUACCCACUCGCAACAAGAUUCUUGUAAUUUAUAUGUAAAUUGUAGCAAAUAAUUAUGAAACCGUAAACGAAACGAGAGACUAAUAACAUUGAUAACUGAAGUUAGUUAGGGCUGGUUGUUCCAUUCUUCAUGUUUCUGUAAAUACCUUUUGAGCAUCGAACAAAGCUUGUCCCGUACUUUUUUAUAAUUGACUGCAACGGAUACAAUGUAGUUAAUGCGCCUUUCUUUUGAUUGAUUUAUACGUGAAACUCGAAACUGAAUUUUAUUUGAAAUCAAAAGCGCACCGAAGAUGUGGUUCUAAAACAAAAUCAGUAACAUGUAAUGAGUGGCAAUAUUAUUGUUUAAAACAUGAAUUCUUCAAAGGACAAUUGUUAUAAAUAAAUACCUUUGAGUUUAUCAACAGACGUAAGCAAUUUUCGUGGCCUCAAAACGAGAAAUUGAAAAUAACUUUUUUAGAACCUCAAGAUUUUCAUUCUUACCACUGGACAAGAUUAGACGAUCAUACGUUAUCUUGUUAAACUUUGAACUUUCUCAAACCGUAUUUUAUUCCGUUUUCAAAGCAUCCUCUCAGAUAAUAUCAAUACCUUUCCCAAAUCAGUCCCUCUGUAGCUCGUUUUGAGGCUGGCCAUGGAUUUCUCAGGCUUGCAAGAAGAAUCAUAUGCUACCGUUGCUUGCAGUUGACCAUUGCGGCUUCUGUAAAAAAAGUAUUAAUUGAAAAAUGAAAUGUUAAGUAAUAUUUCCUAUAUAGCGUAAUUAAAAGAGCGCGUAAAAGUGGGUAGUUUAAUUAACUGUGAUUACGGGUGUCGGCAACAGUGGCGGCGUGGUGAAAAGGCGAAAGUCGCACCAAAGUGGUAGAAGUAAAAUGAAAUAUCAUCCAGUAUUCAACAAACGAAGCUCCAGUUGUUGCAGUGGCAUGAGAAUAAAGGGAACGAGCAAACAAGCAGACUCACGAAACAUGAAAAAUUGUACAUAUUUCAUCAUUAUUGGAAGGCCAUUUCUCCUCUCCUCCUCGGAAUAUUAUUAUUUGUUUGAGUAACGACGAAUAGCCUCAUUUGGGCAUGUACUAAAUGAAAUGCGUAACCCAGGAUCAAUCAUACAGCAAAAGUAUUUCUGAGAAAUCCUAAUUGAACAAAUUAUACAAAUAUAUGAUUGCUUUAUCUAAAUGGUCUAAGCUGAAUUGUAAUUCCUAACAAAUACAUAUAGAUCAAAAACAAGUGAGAAAUCACACAUGAGAUGAAAAAAUAUAAAUCCGUGAAUCAUA